UUUCACUACUGAACGGAAGUAUGAAAAUGAAAAUUUCUUGGCACUUUCUUCCUUGCCUUAAUCUUUGUUUUCUUAAAUAUACAGACAGAAUAUCAGGAUUGUUUUUCUUGGUGAGAUACUGCAGAAUUCUUAGCAGAAAGAAGAUUCAAGUAUGCGUUUCUGUUCUGAUAUUUGUCUGUGUGACCUUGACCCUAGCCGUGACCCUGACACUCCUCCUGACACAGCAUGACCCGACACCCAACUCUAUGGGCUACAAGAAAGCAGCAGUGGCCGCUGACACACAGAUUUGUUCUACAGUAGGAAAAGAGAUUCUGCUUCAGGGCGGCAACGCUGUGGAUGCGGCAAUUGCAACACUGCUAUGUACUGGGCUGGCCAGUCCGCAGUCCAUGGGCAUUGGUGGAGGCUUCUUUAUGACAAUAUACAACAAGUCAUCUGGAAUCGCCACUGUGAUCGAUGCCCGAGAGACUGCCCCAACCUUGACCUCCAUCGAGAUGUUUACAGAGAAAAGCACUUUUAAAAGAGGGCCACUGAGUAUAGCUGUGCCAGGGGAAAUUCAAGGCUACUGGUAUGCCCAUCAAAAUUAUGGGAAACUGCCGUGGGCGGAGGUGUUUCGACCAGCCAUCCGAAUGGCCGAAAACGGGUUUCUUGUGCCACCGAAUCUACACAAGGCUAUGGUCGGUAGCCGCCAAGAUGUUUUGAAACAUUUAAAAGAUCUUUUCUGGAACUCAGCGACGGGGGAUCUUUAUAAAGAAGGGGAAAUAAUCAAGUAUCCCAAAAUAGGGGAGACACUAAAAGUUAUUGCCCGUGAAGGAGCCCCUACAUUUUACCAUGGCACUUUGAGUGAUUUGAUAAUUCAAGAUUUGAAAGAACUUGGUUCAGUGAUCACUCACGAAGAUUUGCGAAAUUACACGGUCCUGGAGAAGAAGCCAGUGGUGAUCAACCUGAGUAACGGCAUGACAGUCCUCACAUCCCCGGCACCGACGUGUGGCCCCAUGAUGGCCUUGAUCUUCAACAUACUGGACGGCUACAAAUUCACGCCUAAGCACGUGGCCACGCUUGAGGGCAGGGUUCAAACCUACCACCGUAUAAUAGAGGCAUUUAAGUUUGCCUACGCCAAACGAACAGGCCUGGCAGACGAUGUGUUCGUGGAUGUUCGGCAGCUCGUGGAAACCCUGACAUCAAGAGACUACGCCGAUAGCCUACGAGGGCGUAUCAAUGACUCUAGGACGUACGACUACACCUACUACGGUCCUGCCUUUGAAUCGGGGAGCGCCAAUGGCACGUCUCAUCUGUCAGUGUUGGACAAGGACGGCAAUGCGGUAUCUGCAACCAGCACCAUCAACACCAGGUUUGGUUCUUACAGAGCUGGUAAGAGAACUGGAAUAAUUUUCAACAAUGAGAUAGAUGACUUCAGUUUUCCCAAUACCACCAAUGAGUGGCGCAUAGCGCCCUCUCCAGCCAACUACAUUGCACCUGGGAAGCGCCCUCUGUCCUCCAUGUGCCCAGUCGUGAUAACUGACCGCCACGGCUCCGUUUCCAAGGUCAUAGGUGCGGCAGGGGGCUCCUUGAUCCCGUCUGCGAUCGUUUGGGUGACGUCACAUCUGCUGUGGUUUGGAGAGAGUCUGCAUCAGGCAGUGUCCCAGCCCAGACUACAUCAUCAGCUUAUUCCACAUCUUGUAGCUUACGAACGAGGUUUUGAUGAGGAUGUUUUACAAGGUCUGAUCACUCUGGGCCACAACGUCACGGAGUUUCCGAUAAUAUCUGCCGUGCAGGCCAUAGAUGUUAACAGCAGAGAUGGCGCCAUUGUGGCAGAGAGCGACGUGAGACGAAAGGGGAAACCGGAUGGGUACUGACCGCUGUUAGUGGGAUAAUUAUAGACAAUGUAAUAGGAAAGUUUAUUUAUUAUAUGAAGUGAACUGAUUUAUAUCAUGGAGCUCACUGUUGGCAGAUUUUUUGAGGCUGUAUCUGGUUAACUGACUACAGUGAAUAAUUGUGACGUAAUAAACAAAUGUGUUCUCUACAAAAGCGACGAAAAGAAAAAAUAUUUAAUAAAAAAAAAAUC